AUGGCGCUGGGCUGGGCCCUGCUGGUGCUGCUGGUGCUGAGCCCCCUGUGGGCGUGUGGGGCUGAGCUGCUGGAGCCGGGGCUGCCCUGGGGCGGGCAGUGGGUCUGGGGGGAGGCCAAGCCCCUGCCCCUCUCCCGUGGGAAGAGGGAUGACCGUGGGCAGGAGCCCGGUGCCACCGCAAUGAUCAGCAGUGACAAGAGCGAUGGUGUCUUUGUGCCACCACCCGGCACCAAGGCCAGCCUGCUCCAGGUGCCAACCACAGCUGAUCCCAUGGAUGAUUCCCCUGAGCCUGAGCUGCUCCUGAGCUCUGCAGCACCAAUGCCCAGCACCAAUGCCAGCCUGCUCCGGGUGCUUGCAGUGUCCACCACAGCCGAGCCUAUGGAUGAGACAGAUUCCCCUAAACCUGACUUCCUGGAGGACUCUGUGGCACCAACAGUGACCAGUGCCAGCACCAGCCUACUCCGGGUGCCCACCACAGCUGAUCCCAUGGAUGAGACAGAUCCCCCUGAUCCUGACCUGCUCCCGAGCUCUGCCUCACCAGCAGCACCCAGCACCGAGGCCAGCCGGGCACUCGUGGUGCCAACCACAGCUGAUCCCAUGGAUGAGACUGAUUCCCCUGCUCCCGAUCUGCUGCCAGGCUCAGAGCCUGGCACAGCGUCAGCAGCCCAAAAGAGCAUCCCCACCACCACCCCCAGCUGGCUCACGGCACUCAUCGAGGAGGACACAGUGACUGAUGGCCUGGACAGCAGCUCCUCCACGGGGCCGCGCUCAACAGCCCCCCCAGCCUUUGUCCUCACCAGCACGGGCUAUAGAAAACCCAAGAAAUCCGGAGCUCCGCCUGCAUCGACCCUCCCGGCCACUUGGGACACGACGCCGGUGGGCACCGCGGUGCCCUGGGAGCCCAGCGGGGUGAUGAGCAAGUGCCUGCUGGCCAUCCUGCUGCUGGGGCUGGUGGCCGCCGUCUUCCUGGUGAGCACGGGGGUGCUGGGGGCGCUGCUGUGGCGGCGGGCGCGGACCGGGGAGCGCCGCUUCAGCCGCACCGAGAUGGUUUGCAUCUCCUCGCUGCUGCCCGACGCCGAGGCGGCCGCCGGCCCCCGUCCUGUCCCCGCCCGGCGGCACAAGCUGCUGCUGCCCGACGGCAGCUCCGAGCCCGAUGGAGACAACCUGACUCUCAGCAGCUUCCUGCCGGAGCACUCCUGAGCCCCAGGGAUGGCUCCUGCAUCCCGCAGCGCUGCGGAGCCGUGUGCCCGGUCCCCGAUGGAGCCGCGGGCAGGGCGCCCCUGUUCCCCGGUGUUUUCGCUUGGACCAGUGUGACGGAGCUGCUCCCCCGCGCCAGC